CCUUCGCGGCCCAUUAGCUCCAUCGCCUCACCUUCAGGAGAUGUCUUCCGACGCCGUCGACGUUGACAUGCGAACGCGUCCCCACGAAUGCAACCUGCCUUUCUUCAGCUCACCAUCUGCGUGACACGGCAUGUCAGCCCGCCCCUCCGCUCCGAGUCCCGAAAAAGGGAGCUCGCGCACUCCAAAACUCUAUCCCUCGGCCCAAAAUGCUCAUCAGCUGGGCUCUCUCUUUCCUCCCUUCUGCACGUCAUCGUUCCCAACCUACAGGUCCGCAAGAACGCAAAAUCCAACGUCAGCGCUGACCUCGUCUUUCCCCGCCCGAACGGCGGGAUCAGCCCGCUGCUCACCUGCCCGGGGCCCCAUACCGCAGCUCCUCCUGAUGAUGAGCCUUCGCAGCGGAUCUAUCCCCGUGCCUUGCCAGCGCAUGCAGGGCGCGGCUGAGCAUAUCCCCCAGAUCCUGCUGGCGCCGAUCGAGAGGGCCUGUGUCUUGUUUCUGCUUUUUGCAUCCCGCGCGACGACGUCUGCCCAGCGCGCCGCGCCCCUCCCCUCCCCGAUCCCGAUGGGACGAAUGAACGAACGAACCCAUCAAGGCUGGCGGGCACUGAAAGAACAAGGUAGGUAGCAGGCAGGCAAGCUACGCCCCAGUGGUCCCCAGUGACCCCGGUGACCCCAGUGCCCAACACCCCCUUGCGGCGUAGGCUGCAGCAGUGCAGUAGCAGCAUGGGAUGGGAUGCCGGGAGGGGGAGUGGCCGGAGUCCGGGCAAGGCAC